UAUAGCCAGUUUUAUCCUGGUUUCCCCAAGAUAAAAAUACCCCAUGACUAGAACAUCCAAACACCCUUCAAUUGGGCAUAAAUCUUGAAAAGGUAGCAGGAAUAAGCACCUUGAUUUGUAUAUUCCCAGGUCCCUCACCUCUCCAUUCAGCCAUGGAACAGGUGCAGAAAAAGCAUGGUGUAACAACUGUGCCUCAGUUUGGAGGGUGGGACCAAAGUGCUCCAGGAGCUACAGACUAUUCAAUGGUGUUCACACAGGCUCGAGCAAAGAAAAAGCAACAGAAGAUUGAUCUCACUGAUAUCAAGCGCCACAGCCUUGGGAAUGAACGGGAGUUCAUCAAUGCCAAUCGUGGUCAUCAUCAUGCUCAUCAAGGUCUUGGACAUGCUCAUCAUGGUCAUGGUCAUGCUUAUCAUGGCCACGGACAUGGACAUGGACAUGCUCAUGAAGAACCUAUAGUCAUGGGGAAAAAGAGGAUCCUUACCUACAUAAAUUGUUGCAUUAGGCCUUGAAAAGAUUAGAACCAUACUGCCAUAGACAUUCCAUUUUCAAGUCAUGGACAUGCUACUUGUAGAAUAUUAUGUAGAUGAUACAUUCAACAGGAACCUGACCAGCAGCUUUCAUAAUCUGAAUGCAUUAUUGUAUUGUACAGCAUCUUAUUAUAGCCAUGGUCUCUUUUUCUCCAAUUGUUGUAGACAGUACACAGUCUAGCAAUGUACUUUACAUCAGUGGAAAAGGAAACAUGAAAUAUAUCUAUUAUAAUAUAUACAUACAAUGCUUACCAGCAUAUGAAUAUACAUUUUUUUUAUUUAAAUAGACAA